UCCCCCCAGCUGUCUGCUCUCCUGGAGAGGGUCACCGUGACCCCGUGCCGAGGGGCUGGCGGACUCCGGGCGGCCCUCCCCCGGCCUGUGAGAAUUUUCCCUUAUGGGGUCUGGGAGACUAGUUACCCGGCUCCAGGUGAAGACCCCCAUCUGAUGACCUGCCCCCAUCACCGUGGUCUGUGGAGCCUCUGUUACCUACUGUGAGCUGUCCUUCCCCAACUCCACGCGACUGUGACUACAUCCAGGUCGCCAGCAAACUCACACACAUCCUUUUUGACCAAAUGGUUCCACUCCCUCCAUAUCAGUGACUGUUAAGAGGUUCCUACCCCCUCUCCACUCCUGAGUCCUUGCCAUUGGCUUCAAGGCUUCAAGGGAUGGUUCACUCACACCUGGCCUGGGGACACCUGAGAUUAUGUGACCACAUAUAACCUCCCAUAUUCCUCUGACCAGAUGAUUCUCCCAUUCCCUCCCUAUGACUGGGGAUCCCUUCUCCCCAGUCAGACUUUGUCAUUGGGCUCAGCAGAUCCCCUGCCACCCUCUAUUCACAUACAUCAGGCCCCUUCAUACUCCUCUGGCCAGUUUCACUAUGACCAUCUUAGUGACUGUGUCUAGCCCCUCAAAAAUACACACCUAACCCCCAGCCUGGAGACUGUCAUCUGGACUCAAUGACUUCCUCUUCCCCACACACCCAUACUGACCUGGCCUAGGGACACAGGAGACCAAUAUGGUGAUACCUAGCAUCCUAGCACUCAUGUAGUGUGCUUCUCCUCUGAUUCCACCAUCUCAGUGCCUACCUUACUGGCAUCUUGUCAUCUGGAAUUAAGAGUUGUCCCCCUAAAAUCCCCACCUGCCCUGGGAUCACCAUGAUUACGUUUAGUCUCUUUGUUAUGUCCCACAGAACCCUCUCCUCAAAUCCUCUCAGCAGGAGGGCAUCAGAUUUCCCUCUCCACACAAGCCUGAUGAACAGCACCACACAUGCUCUCUGUGUCUUUCUUGCCUUCUUUAAUAUCCUCUCUGAUAUGAUCCUUGUAGCUUAUGUAGCUCCUGUGGUGUCAUCCUGACAGGAGGAAGACACCCUAUAUCUGGGUACUUUAACUACCCCCUACUCACCCAGCCUGACUUCCACAGCCUGACACCCACCCCAGUCUGUGUGUAGGGCCCAUUCCCUAUCCCUCCCUCCCUGGAUCAGCAUGGGCUCCUUCCUGAGAGUGUCUCCUGGGGGGCCCAGAGAAAGCCCUGAAAUGGCAAUUCUGGUAUUGGACACUCCCUGGGUUAGGAAGCCCAGCUAGGAUGGGAGGGUCCAUGCUGGGCUUUGCAGUGCUCCCCCCACCCAGCAUGAACAAGGCAGGACUGAGUAUGGGGCCUGGGGUGCCUUAUUGGGGUGGCUGUCCCAGGUGCAGAACAAGGCACAGCGAGGCCCAAGGCGGGCAGGCCCUUGAGGAGCCCCACUCUAGGCAUCUAUGUCUGUGUCAGCUCCAUCCCAUCCUUCCAGUCCUCCCAUCUGUCGGUUUCUACCCAUCUCUGCAGUUUGGUGCCUCGCGCCCUCCCCUCCUCAUUAUGAUUUGAUUUCUUUUCUUUUGGACAAAUCGGUUGUUUCUGUUGUGAUUUAUCGUCGUGUUGUUUUUUUUCUUCCUUUUCCCCAUCCAGUUAUUGUGAUCACUCUAAGCCCUGCUCCUGCCCCGUCCCAACGAGCAGCCCUCCAGCUCCCACUGGCCAACGAUGGCGGCAGCCGCUCACCGUCCUCGGAGAGCUCCCCACAGCAACCCACGCCCCCUGCCCGGCCCCGUCACAUGCUGGGGCUCCCAUCCUUGUUCACACCCCGAAGCAUGGAGAGUAUCGAGAUUGACCAGAAGCUGCAGGAGAUCAUGAAGCAGACAGGCUACCUGACUAUCGGGGGCCAGCGCUACCAGGCAGAAAUCAAUGACCUAGAGAAUUUGGGGGAGAUGGGCAGUGGCACCUGUGGCCAGGUAUGGAAGAUGCGUUUCCGGAAGACAGGUCACAUCAUUGCCGUCAAGCAAAUGCGACGCUCGGGGAACAAGGAAGAGAACAAGCGGAUCCUCAUGGACCUGGAUGUGGUACUCAAGAGUCACGACUGCCCGUACAUUGUGCAGUGCUUUGGGACCUUCAUCACCAAUACGGAUGUCUUCAUUGCCAUGGAGCUCAUGGGCACCUGUGCUGAGAAGCUGAAGAAGCGGAUGCAGGGCCCCAUACCUGAGCGGAUCCUGGGCAAGAUGACGGUAGCGAUCGUGAAAGCACUCUACUACCUGAAGGAGAAGCACGGUGUGAUCCACCGGGAUGUCAAGCCCUCCAACAUCCUGUUGGAUGAGCGGGGCCAGAUCAAGCUCUGCGACUUCGGCAUCAGUGGUCGCCUUGUCGACUCCAAGGCCAAAACACGGAGUGCUGGCUGUGCCGCCUACAUGGCACCUGAGCGCAUUGACCCCCCAGACCCCACCAAGCCAGACUAUGAUAUCCGGGCUGAUGUGUGGAGCCUGGGCAUCUCCCUGGUGGAGCUGGCAACAGGACAGUUUCCCUACAAGAACUGUAAGACGGACUUCGAGGUCCUCACCAAGGUCCUGCAGGAAGAGCCCCCACUUCUGCCCAGUCACAUGGGCUUCUCGGGGGACUUUCAGUCAUUCGUCAAAGACUGCCUUACUAAAGAUCACAGGAAGAGACCAAAGUAUAAUAAGCUACUUGAACACAGCUUCAUCAAGCACUAUGAGACGCUGGAGGUUGACGUGGCGUCCUGGUUCAAGGAUGUCAUGGCGAAGACUGAGUCACCGAGGACUAGUGGAGUCCUAAGCCAACACCACCUGCCCUUCUUCAGGUAGCUGCGUGGUAGUGGCUAGCCCCACUCGGGGGGCCAGGGAAGUGGCCACACGCCCCCUCUUCCCUACCUGGCCACCCAGCUGCCCACCAGGGGAGACCUGGGAACUGGACGGCGGCCGAGGGCUGAGGACAGAAAGUAGGGGAUGCCAAUCCAGCCCCGACUCCCUACCCAGCAGCCAUGGACAGAUGGGCGCACCAGGCCCUAGCUCUUCCAGUCCUGGGUUCAGCCGGCUGUACAAGUCCCCCAACAGACACUGUGAACGGAAGACAGCAGGCCAUGAGCAGACUCGCUAUUUAUUCAGUCAUAACCUCUGGGCUGGGGUGGCCACGGGCCAGGAGAGUCACCCUUCCUGCAUCCUCCCAUGUUCGACCCAUGCUGUCCCUUCCACCUCGUGGUACACAUGCUCCCUGUCUCCAUCUCCCUCUGUCACCUUCCUUGAUGCCUCUCUGGUUCUCCCUGUCUCCCUCCCUGCAUCUUCCUCUCUCCUGGCCCCGCCCAGGCUCUGUCACCACAGCGGAACCCCGCGGUCCACUUGGGCCUGUGGUGAACAGUGAGCCCCUUGGCUGGCGUCCUCGUCCCAGGAAGACAGGCUGGGCAUUGUGACUGCAGCCAACCAGGCUGCGCACGUUCACUCUUGCUCUCGCUCUCUCUCUCUUUGAUCUCAGGGGGUCCUUUUUGGAGUUUAUUGUAUUUUAUUGUACUUGGUGGGGUGUUUGGGGGAUGGGGGAGUUGAAGAAGAGCUUGUUCUCAUGGGGUUUGUCAGUACCUUCAGAAACUUUUACCAAAGUCAUGUUUAGCUGCUGUGGUGUAGCCCUCAACCUCCCGUGGGCAUUGGGGGGCUGGAGCCAGGAGCCAGGCAGGGGCCUGGGCCACUGUGCCUUGUCAGCCUGGUCUGGAGAGACUAGUCCCAAAGGUGGGUGCUGGGGGUGGAGGCUCCUCCCUUGGGGCUGAAGACUGGCCACAGCUAGGGGUGAGUUGAGGAUCUCAGGCUGUGUGGAGGUAGCCCACGGGGCUGUGGCCACACAGGGUGGCCUUCAGGGAAGGUGGUUAUGGGGCAUGGUGGGAGGCAGUAAAUGCUGGUGUGGCAGGGAGGAGGGAGUGAAUGACAGUAGUGGGGGCCACAGGGCCCAGGGAGGCAGAAAUUGAGGGUGUAGGGAAUGGAUGCGGGGGUUCGAGGAUGUGUGACAGGGACAGAAGUGGGGCAGGCCAAGGGCUGUAGAUGUGAAGGCAGUUAUGCCCUCACAGUGCCCCUGAGCACCCCUCAACUCCCCCAGAGCUGGCCAGUCCCCAGCCCACCUUGAGGCUAGGCCAUGGGGGCUCCUCUCCCCUCACCCCUCAGCAGCAGUCAGAGCAGGAAGAGGUAUGUUUCCUUUUUUGUUGGUGAUGCAUGCAAAUCAGUGGACAAACACACAGACCAACCAACGCCAAAGGUGAUGAACCUCCCUGGAUGUAGCUGAAGCAAUCUAGACUCAGCAUAGGCAUCACUGUAACCUCUCUCUAUCCUAUUGACUCUUGUUACUCUUAACAUAGUCACAAAAGGCCGCAUGUUUAAAAAGUACUCCUUGUCUUCUCUCUACUCCCCGCCCAGUGUGUGUGUGGGGGGGGUGGCCACCUCUCUUGCUCAAAUCCCCUUGUGACAAUGGGGCAGGGUAGGAGGUGGGUGGGCAACAGGCCUGGCCCCACCCUUGGGGGUCCCAGCCACCAUGGUAGCUUUUGCCCAUAACCAGAAGGUUGAGUGGCUGGUUCCAGGGCCAGCAAAGGCUAGAGGCCAGCUGCCCAGGUUUAUUUUUAUUUAACUUAAUUUUGUUUUGUGAGUGUGUGUCUGCCUGCCCCUCUCCUUCAGUGUUAAGUGGGAGCCCUGGGGGAGCCUCUCCCCCCCUGCCACUCCCCUGUUUCCUCCCUCAGUCUCCAGUUACCAGUGGUCCUUCUGGACCAGGCAGAGGGUUAAGCGGGCAGGCAGGAGCUUGGGGUGACGGCCCAGCCCACCAGCCCACGAUCCCUUCUCAGGCUGCCAGUAUUGCUCCUUCCCUUUUUAAAAUGAAACACCCUUGUUUGUAAAUCCUUAGAUGCUUGAGAAUAAAACCCCUCCCUUUUCUUCCA